GCUUGAGCUCCAGCAAGACCACCAACCAGAAUGGCCAUUUCCGCAGAGCCCCAGGCGGGCCAGCACUCAACCUCUCGCUGGCUCUCGACUGCCGAAGUUGGGAACUGCAUUCGCAGCGCCGGACCCAUCUUCCAGGUUUUGCCCCCUGGCCAUCAAGCUCGCACGGACAUAAUUUCAUUCAGGUUGCAGCCCCCUACUACCGCCGGCGAGAAAAGCAGUGCGCCUUUUGGCCUGAAAGUCUACAAUGAGUGGCUGAAAGGAGACCACGCCCUUCUCGGCUUGAGCUUCUCCCAGUCAACCGCAUCCUUUGAGCUUGAUGUGGGCCCCUCCAGCCACCUCCGCGACGAGAUCGAGCUGAGAAACACGCUCGCCUCUCUCUCCGCCUUAGCACUUGAGGCAGCCGUUGAACAGCACUUGACCGAAGGUGGCGACGAGCGCCUCAGUCUGUCGUCUGGUGGAAACCUGUAUCACUGCCCUCCUCGUCCGGUCCCUGGUGCCAUCAUCCGCGGGACGUGCACUUGCUCGCCCCCAUCUCGGCAUGCUCUCGACGCAGCCUGCGCAAGACUCAAAAACAUCUGGGAUGGCAUCGAGGACUUUGGCGAGGCUUUUGAUGAUGUCCGGCAUCGCAUCUCGGCAGCCCUUGGGCUCCAGAUUCAGCACCACAUCGUGCUCCACCCUUCCGGCACUGAUGCCGAGUACACGCCGCUCGUGAUUGGGACGAGCAGCGCCAAGGCUCUUGGCUGCUCCGGCGUCGUGAACGUCGUCGUCGGGGUGGGAGAGGUCGGCUCCAACACGCCAAAGGCGGCGGGCGGGAGGCACUUUAGCAAGUUCAUGCCGAACGGUGGUGCCGAUAGCUCCAAGGCCCUGGUUGACGAUUUUCCUGAAGGGACCAAGGUCUUGGAGCUCAAAGCGCGACUCGCCGACGGAGAGGCGGUGCCCGACUUUGAGCAGCAGGUCAUGAACGCGAUAGAAGACAUCUCAGCCUGCUCGGAGAAGCCCUUCUUCAUCGUCCACGCCGUCGACGGGUCCAAGCUGGGCGCUCGUGUUACGAAUCACAAGCUCGUCACUGACAUCCAGGCCAAAUUGGGGAAGCGAGUGCUCAUCGUUCUUGACGCCUGUCAGGGCAGGACCGAGAGCGAAGAGCUCGACUGGUAUCUGUCGCAUGGCGCCGUCGUGCUCAUGACCGCAAGUAAGUUCUACGGCGCCCCUGGGUUCUGUGGAAUGGCGGUGGUGCCGGACUCGGCGGCUUCGUUGCUGAAGAAAGGCGCUUCCAUCCCGCCAGGCCUCAGUGAUUAUCUUACCAAGUACCACGUUCCAUCGAGCUUAGAAGCACUUCACGAGGCACUACCUGCCCAGCCAAUCAACGUUGGUCUCCUGCUUCGUUGGACCUGCGGCGUUGUGGAGAUGGAAAGGAUGGCACACGCGGGACCCAGCGGUAGGGAAGGGAUCCGACGUUGGGUCUAUGCGGUAAAGGAUUUGAUCAGACGGGAACAUCCAAAUCUGGAGCUGAUGUCUGAGAGCUCAUGCGCCAUCAGCCAGGCAUCCCAGCUCGGUGGCGUGAACUCCAUCAUCUCCUUCAAGCUGCUGGCCGGGGAGAACAGGACCGCGCUGGGGACUGCGGUCCUAAAACAAAUCCAUCGAUAUUUGGUCAAGGAUGUUUCCGGCUUGCUACCAAACUCGGCGGACGAGGACGAGAGGAGGGCCGCGGCCGCUAUUUGCUUUAUAGGUCAGCCGGUGGAUGUCGGAGACUUUGCCGUCCUCCGGCUCGCGAUUGGGGCGGCGUUGGCGGCUGCACUAGGAGGCAAUCCCCGGGGCUUGGAGAUGGCAUUGAAGGAAGAUAAAAGGGUGUUGGAUAAGAUUGAGGUACCGCUUAAGUACUAUGAGGUCAUGUAAACAAGUUGUUUGACGUCAGAUGAGGUAGGCGUACAGCUCUAUCUGGGGGAGGUGUAUAGCUGUCACUAACUCGACAAAUAAAGGACGCCGUAGCAGUUGAGUGGUGGGGAAGGAGAUUUCAGUCUUUUCUCAAUGCGUAGUCGAAGGCUUAUAUCUUUUGCAAGUGGAAUCUAGGGUUACUUUUGAAGGCUCGCCCUUAUUUUGGUGGGAAGCUGUAGACCUAGUUGUAGCGGUGAUCGCGCUUAGGUCCGUGAUAGUAAUCUAUGACGGAGAA